AUGUCACCCCUCGCCAUCUCUGUACCCGACGCACCGGGCUCGCCAAAUGCAACCCGAACAAAAUUUGCCUUUUACGGUAAUCGUCAACGAGACAGCGAAAACAGCCUUAUGCCAGGUGCUUCAACAAGUGAUGCAUCGCCUUAUGCCUCACCGAUGACUUCGCCCAUGAUGUCGCCAUUGGCGUCACCUCGGAUUCAGAUCAAGCCAUUUGGGGCGGCGUACCGCCAUACUCGCCAGCCAUCCGAUGAGUCGCUGUCACAUCUGCCUCCUCUGCCAAUGUCACCAAGAUGGGAUUCAAUGUCUAACCCUUCAAAAUUCAUGCUCGGACAAUCAAUAUCUCAGCGUGCAGCAUCUCCAUUCGAUUCUCCACAUUCACCUUCACCACUAAGUUACGAUACCGCAGCAAGCACUCCUGUGGAAUCCCGAAACGCUUCUCCGACAUUUCUGACGUCCAAAUCGUCACUGGCUGACCUUCGCGCCUACGACAGCCUUCCACUCACCGUGGAGAACUUCUCGCGGCCGCGGAAGCAAAGUAUCCGCCAGCCAAUCGCAGACGCGACUAAGCCACGACCCGCUAUAAACCCAGCUACCGCUACCGCUUCUCACCCCACGGGCCUCAAUCCUGCAGACCAGUACCUGGAGCUUGUUGCACCCUCGCAGCAUCCCUUAUGGCCUCCUACACGUCCUCGCGGUCCUUCAGUUUCGUCUUGCCAGUCUUCUUCUACAUAUCACUCGGCCAUCUCCCCACCCUCCAACGACUUUUAUGACCCACGAGCCCCCCGUGUUCGGACCGCGAAUGGUGCGACAUCCUCCGCCGCACGGCCACCUUUAAACUUUUCUAACACAGGGUCGGCUUCACCAAGUCCUGUGGCCGCCCCGUGGAUGAGUGGUGAAGAAUUCCGUUCGAGCUUCCGCUCUCAGUACACAGAAUCAACAGCUCCCGGAACAGCCGUCACUGAACGAAGCAGCGUUCUUACAAAGAACAGCUCUGUUGCAUCAUAUCCUGGCCCAGAAGGCGAGGCAGAGUCGCAAGCCAACCCCGAUCACGAGCUUGACCCAAACCACGACGAGCCCAGUCUCGAGGAUGUUAUGGGCAUGUACGAGCAAGGCUUUGAUGACGACGAAGACGAAGUGAAUUACACAAACAAUAGCAGAAAGUCGCGACUUGUAAGAUCUGUGUCAGCCAUGGACAAGCGCCGAAGUAUCAGAGACGAAGAAGACGACGAAGACUUUCCCUCGCGCGAGGUUCAAGAUUCCACUUCGACACUUGAUAUGGAAAUUCGAAUGUCCAAGAUGAUUUUUACACAUCCAGCAUUCACAUCAUCCGUGCCUCACAUCGCAGAAAACUACGGUCGCGGAAUGCUCGAAAAGCGAGAUUCUGCCAAGUCUUUGGACUCUGAGCCAUCUGUCAGCUCUCAAAAUCCUCCCGCGGGUACCGAGCCUAUUUCCGCACAAUCCCCAUCUAUCACCACCCCUCUCUCACCUGUACUUCAUCCUGUUGAGCGAGCCGAAUCCCCUGAAUCUACAAUGGACCCUGGCCACGCAUCAGAGCCUGUACCAGAAUCAGCACCUGAGCCUAUUUCUGCACCUGCCCCCAAGCCUUUGCUUGCACCUGAGCCAGCUCCUGUAUCUCCACCUGUUGCUGCACCUGAAUUUGUCGAACCUGAAGAUCCCAGCUGUCGUGACCGAUACGGCUUCAAGAAGGAGAACCAAUAUGUGACCCGAAAGCAAUACGACACCUGGAAUGAUGGAUAUACCGAGUACCUGGCUCGCCGACGGAAGAAGUGGAAUGCCUACCUCAAGGACAAUGCUCUAAUGACAGAUCACCCAAACCGAUUCCCUGCUCCUAAUGCAAAGACGAAACGAUUCGUCCGUAAGGGCAUUCCUCCGGAUUGGCGCGGCGCAGCAUGGUUCUACUAUGCAGGCGGGCCAGCCAUUCUAUCUAAGCACUCGGGUCUCUACGAUAAGCUAACCACUAAGCGAGCUAAGGACGUCGAUUCUGAAGCUAUCGAGCGAGAUCUACAUCGCACAUUCCCCGACAAUAUUAAGUUCAAGCCUCCUGGCGGUGGGAUGGAGACGGCAUCAAGCAGCACCAGAGGAAGCCAGUCAACGAUGGACGAUUCUACUCGCAGCUCCAGCCCGCUACCAAGCGUUGAGGGAGAGACACCUAUUAUCACAUCUCUCCGUCGUGUUCUUCAUGCUUUCGCCGUGUACAACCCCCGAAUUGGAUAUUGUCAGAGCUUGAACUUCCUUGCUGGUCUUCUGCUCCUUUUUGUCGAAACUGAAGAGCAAUGCUUUUGGCUUCUGAACGUUAUCACACGCAUCUACCUUCCUGGCACUCACGAGAUGAGUCUUGAGGGUUCCAAGAUUGAUUUGGGCGUUCUUAUGACAGAGAUGCGCACUUCGAUGCCUGCUGUCUGGGACAAGGUUGGCGGAGAGCUUGAGGCUGACCCCAACUCGAGGCCAUCAACAAGCAAGUCGAUCCGCCUUACUCGCUCCCGUCGCAAGGAACUUGCCCGCAUGUCAACGCCUACAGACCGACUCCCGCCGAUCACGCUUUGUAUGACAGCAUGGUUCAUGAGCUGCUUCAUCGGAACACUCCCGAUCGAGACCACUCUGCGAGUAUGGGAUGUGUUUUUCUACGAGGGCUCUAAGACUCUCUUCCGCAUUGCUUUGGCUAUCUUCAAGCUAGGCGAGAACGAGAUCCGAUCCGUGGCUGACCCAAUGGAAAUGUUUGGUGUGGUGCAAUCGAUGCCUCGCCGGCUAAUCGACGCCAAUGGCCUUAUGGAAGCGUGUUUCAAGCGGCGGAAUGGCUUCGGGCAUCUCAGUCAGGUCCAGAUUGAUGAGAAACGUCAGCAGAGACGAGCCAAGGCGCAACUCGAUCGAGUCCGUCAAGGCAAGACAUGGAACGUGGGAUAA